AUGGCAACAACAGUGGUUGUACAGCAGCAGCCUCAGAGAACUACCCCUCACCUGACCGCGUGGAGCUCUGGUCUGUUUGACUGUUGUCAAGACAUGCCGUCCUGCUGCUAUGCCUGUUGGUGCGGCCCUUGCUUUGCUUGUGCCACUACAAAAGAGUUUGGAGAGAGUACCUGCUUGCCUCUUGUGGACUAUUCACUGUUUGCUUUAGUUGUGCCAACAGUGCCACCUGUAACUCUAUCAAUGAGGACCGCCGUACGCUACACGUAUGGAAUUGGGGGAAGCCUCUUCGAAGACAUUCUGGUGUCCUGCUGCUGUUAUUCGUGCUCUUGGUGUCAGAUGCAUCGAGAAAUUAAGGAACGGGGAAAAAACGUCACCAUCAUCACCAGUCAUCCUGUGAUGGUCAGUCCACAGGUGAACACCACUGCUCAGCAGGCUUAUGGAGUGAAGGUCGACCCAAAGCCUUUAGGCAGCAAUGACAGCAAAAACACUAAGAAUCUCGCUUUUUUGACGACGAACGAGGACGGCGACGGUGAUGAAGACGACGAAGAAGAUGAUGAUGAUGAUGAUGAUGAUGACGACGAAAAUGAUGAUUUGGAGUAA